AGCUGCCUUCCCUGAAAUUAAAGGAUGAUAUUUUCCCAAUAAAUAUUUUACAUUUACUUGUGUUUUGGUUUUUCACCUGCUUUACGCAACACAUUAUGAUUGGUUGAUAUCUGAUAUUUACUAAACGGCAGACUUAUUAUUUCCUAGAACUUGAUAUGCCUUUAGCAAACAAUUAAAUUAGCAUUGUUUGGUAUGCACUCAAAGUCAUUAGGCUCAAACAACAGACGUUGUCAAAAGGAUGCAUUGUAUCGUUUUUGUAUUUUAACACAAAUGCACAUCAUGCAGCCUUUUGAAAUAAAAUGCAAAAAUCCAUUUAACCGAACUUCUAUUCAGAGUCGAGCAGACAUGAUAAUAUGGAGCACUUUCCUCCAUUACUACCCGCAGCCCACUCAUGUAGUCAAAUUAUUGAUUGCUCAUUGUCAGGGUUCCUCCAAUGUUUAACGCUCUGUGCCUGCCACAGCUAGAAAAAAAAUCCUUCUCCCAACUCUUAUAUUCUGAUGGCAAGGGGGCUUUUCUCUUGAGUGUCACUUGUGUACUUUGGUUUGCUGAAGCGGUUUGACAGAAGCAGCGUUUUGCACUUGGAGCCUUUAGAAGCCAUUUUAUCCUUAAGGAAAGACCUGGCUUGACCCCUUAAUGUACACUAUUAAUAUUUAAUUGGUGCUUUGGACAUACAAAACCUUUAAAUUGGGGUUGGCUGUGUCAGCACCUCUCGGGCAUCGCCCCUCCAUUGUUUCACUCUAUGGGCGUGUCGAGCGUUGUCCCUGGUCCUGAAAUAUGAACCGUCUCAUCCAUAUACUGUAGAAGAUUCAUCUUCGGUUUAUUGUUUAGAGCUUCUGACUGGUCGAUGUCCUGGGCGCCUGUUUACUUGUAGCCAAUGAAUAAGCCCUUCUACCUAAGAAUUUGUUUACGAUUUGCCGAACGACAUCGAUAUAACCGCUAAGUGCAUAAUAAAUAAAGGGCUCCUUGAAGAACACUUAGGAGUUGAUGUCAAACGUAUUCGCAUAUUCAUAUGUUGCAGAGAGGGCUUAGCCAAAAUUACACUAGAUGUGAGCGCUCACUAUUCAAUGGUUGUACAUUUGGGCAUUUUUUUCCUUCAGCGUUUUCGGACCUCGAUGGCAAUGCGAUGUGUUGAUGACGGCUCUGCGUCAGCGUUUCAGCCAACGCAUCCUUCAGUGCAUUAAGUGAAUCAUCUCGGCAGCACUUUUCCCCAAAAGCUCUACCGUCGAGGUUCACUCAUAUUCCUCCCGCUUGAGCAGGAUGCUUUUCUACAAAUACCAAGCACUGUCCGUUUUGGCGCUUUGCUUUCUUGUUCGGAAGGUUGUUUGUGCCAUCCGAAGAUGUGGACAGGACAUUUGUCACGAUCACCAGGUCUGCUGCGCGCAGGGGAACAACACCCAUGCCGUCACCUGUUGCAAGCAGUUCAUGGACGCCACUUACUACAACAUCGCCAUGGUCACCCGGAAACUUUCUGGGGUACUUAUUAUGCUGCUUCUCUUCGCCGCGGGAUACUUUGUCCAGCGAAUGUUGUGUUCCAGAUCCAGGCAGCUCAGCCCUCCCCACAGCGGACACCCAGCUGUCACCACAUCACAGGAGCCGCUGGUGGAGAGCAGUGCACCGAGCAGCUCGCUGGAUCCAGCUCCCGCGUCUCAGCUGCCCUCGUACGAGGAAUGCAAACGCCUGCCGACAUAUGAAGAAACUGUGUGCAACGCGGGCGGGGGACCGGGGUCCAACGCGGGACAGGCUACAUGCAUGACAAGGACGUCCGUUUGAUACACAACGGUUUCCACUUUUAUUCGAUAUUUGAGAAUCUAUUCUGACGGGAAUUUCUGAAAAUUCUGAAACCCCCCCCAC